AUGGUUCAUUGCUGGGCACCUUUAUGUUCCCAUAAUUCUAUGAAGGACAAGUGUUCAUUUUUUCGAUUUCCUUCAGAUAAAAAAGAACUUAGAGCUUGGGAAAGUAUUAUUAGGAGAUCUGAUUCAACACCGACUGUAAAUAGCCGCUUAUGUAGUUGUCAUUUUAAGGAUAAACUAAAAGAAAAUGGUCCUUCAAUAUUUGAAUGGAAUAAAAAAGUUUUUAUGGAUUUUAGGUCUCCAGAAAAAAUUAAAAGGAAAAGGAAGAACUUAGUGAGUGAUGAUUUGUGUWAUGACACUAAUAGUAACUGUGAUGGUGAUACAGAUUUAUUAUCUGCUCAAAAUAAUUCAUAG